AUGGUUAACCAUUUGGCGACGAAACGAUUAGGUGUAGACCCCAAGAGCGGAGGCAGCGGGAACAGCGAGAGGAUCAACACUCCCAUCGACCGCAGUGACAGCAGUGACCGCAUCGGCCGCAGUGACCGCAUCGACCGCAUCGACCGAAGUGACCUUAUCGACCGUGGUAGCGAUGAACCGUUCAGCAAGUACAUAGGGAAGGGGUACGACAUCCUGUUCGGCUACCCACUGCCAAACAACGAGCUUGUGGAAGACCCAGGAUUUAGAAACGAAAUAUUUGAUACGAGAAAUUCUCUGGACAUGAUCAGCCAAGUUGCCUGUCACAGAGACGAAUAUUUCAGCUUCGUCGAAGGGAUCAAUGAUGUUACUCACUUAGCCAUGGAUAAUAUAAACGUUGAAGACGUGAAUACCAGCAUAGUUCCCUUUUCUGCCUCCAUGCCAUACAAAAGCUACUUUGCCGACUUAGAAAUAGGAAGGAAAAAAUACCUAGUUGCACAGAACAGCUGUGUGCACAAAUACGUAACGUACAACUUAAGAGACACCACUAGGCAUAUUAAUAGAGAGUUCUUACUGGAGACGGAGAAAUUGCCCAUUUGGGGAAAGAAGGCGAAUGAAAAGGAAUGCCUGGAGGGGGGGUACCUGCACAGUGCGAGGAACGAACAAUGCGCAGGAAGCAUAAAACCGUGGAUUGAUUUUUUCCAGAAAUAUGGAACCCACUUAGUUGUGUCUGCGCACUUUGGGGGGCGGUCCUUUAAUUCGAUGGAAGUUUCUCGGCGCACGAUGGAAGAAGCGAAGAUAUACAGCUAUAAGUAUGCCCUCGGGAACGUCCCCAACUUGGACGUAUUCAGGGCGGCAUGGCUGCUGCAGGGGGGUCCCAAGCGGGGGGGCGCCGAUGGGAGCGGUGGUAGCGGUGGUAGCGGUGGUAGCGGUGGUAGCGGCGGUGGCGGUGCUGACCAUAUUCUUAACCAGUCACAUAACCAGCCGCAUAACCAGCCGCAUAACCAGCCGCAUAGCCAGCCGCAUAACCAACCGCUUAACCAACCGCCCCGCGCGAGGGAGAAAACCGCCAGCCUGGACAUCCGCGGGGGAAACCAAACGUACAACGGGUGGAACCAACUGACGUACACAGUGUGGAAGGACUCAAUUUACACCAACCUGCUUCCAGUGCACCUGGACUUAAUAUCACUAAGCUCGUUCAUGCGUAAGGGAAAAAAGGAAUCAUACGACAAGGCCUUGGUUUACUACAACAGCCUGUACGGAAUGGACAAGGAAAAGUACUACCUCUCACAAGACAUUAUAGAUGUGCUGUCUGAUGGGAAGCAAAUAACAGGAUCUUCCAAAGGUUCUCUCAUUUUGAGUUGCCCUGUUGGUUAUGUUAAGAGUACUGGGUUUAUCCUCACCUAUGACAGAUCUGAGAGGCCGACGGGGCAUAGAGCCAAAGGAGGAGAAGCACCGAAGAUCCGUGUGUACCCUUGCCUCAACAAGGGAGAGUAUGACAUUUCAUGCUCCCACAUAAAUGAAAGCGAUUCUGUUAUUUCCUUCGGAUGGCUAUAUUGCGUGAGGUAUAAUUUUGUCCAGUUUGAAACGUUUUAUGCAAAUGGAAAUCACACGUCAGGGAAAACAUCGCUAGAGGGUAAGUGCUCAGAGGGGAGUAGCUUAGCCUUCGGGUUUAAGAUGAAGUUGGAGAAAAAUAAAAAUUUGACCAGCGUGAAAGUCAAGGCAUGUCCCGUCGGUGAAGCCAAGUGUGUAAUUAGUCAUGUGAAGGCCAAUUCUGAUUACCUCCUGUGGGGUUUUUGCGCCCCAAAAUCUUUUCACAGCAUCAACUCAUUGCAAGUGACAUAUAUUGGAGAGCCGAACGUGAUGACCGAUGUGCAGGGUGCUUGUUCCGAUAUUCACAAAAAUAAAUACGAUAACAUAUUUCUUGGGUUUUCUUUCUCCUUUGACAAUGAACUGGGGCACGUUGAUGUGUCUCCUUGCGGGAUGAAGACCAAGUACUGUGUCCACAAAGUGGGCAAAAGGGCAUCGAAGAACUACGCGGGAAUGUUCCUUCUGUGCAGGAAUGAUGGUGGCGCCGUGAGGAAGUUUUCUUCCCCCACGAGGUUGGAGUUGUGA